UUUUGACUGCGGUUUCUGUCAGGACCCGUAUCAGGGUUGCGCCUUCCCAGCACAGCUCAGCUGUUACACUGACUGGUUUUAAAAGCGUCUGAGUGUCAUUUCGAAAUCGUUUGUGAAUUUCUGAGUGCUCCUUUAAGAAAGUGUUUGCAAUGAUGCUAAAACAUUUUCGGGCUCUUGGACAAGUUUUUGCAGCCACGCAUCAAGGCAGAAUAUUAAGUCAGUGUGGGAGCAUGACUUUGAAAACAAAACAUUACAGCGCUUCAACGGGAGGCGAGGACGCAGGAACAGCUGCAGGUCAGACCGUGGUUUCAGAGCGAAGGGGAUCCGUGGUUACCGUGGCAAUAAACCGCCCAGAGGUGCGUAACGCGGUGAACCAGGAGACAGCGGGGCGUCUGCUGGAGGAGCUGCAGGCCUUCGACAAUGACCCUGACUUGAACGUGGCUGUUCUGCAUGGGAAAGGAGGGAAUUUCUGCGCUGGUUAUGAUCUGAAAAUGCUGGCCAAUCAAAAAGCCCCCCUUAAAUUGGAGCAAGAUGUCACAAAGGGUCCUGGCCCAAUGGGUCCGUCCCGUCUGCAGCUGUCGAAGCCGCUGAUAGCGGCCGUGAGCGGCUUCGCUGUGGCUGGAGGGUUGGAGCUGGCCCUGCUGGCUGACCUGAGGGUGGUGGAGGAGAGCGCCGUCAUGGGGGUCUUCUGCCGCAGAUUUGGAGUUCCCCUGAUUGAUGGAGGGACAGUGCGGCUCCCUCGCCUCAUUGGUUUAUCAAGAGCGCUUGACCUGAUCGUGACCGGGCGGCCGAUCGGGGCUCAAGAGGCUCUAGCCUACGGACUGGCCAAUCGAGUUGUUCCUGACGGACAAGCGUUGCAGGCAGCCGUGCAGCUAGCAGAGCAGAUCAGCUCCUUCCCUCAGCAGUGUCUGCGGACAGACCGCUCCUCAGCCGUGUACAGCUGCUACGACGCCCAAUCCUUCACACAGGCCAUGCAGUAUGAAUUUGAUCACGGAGUUCAAGUCAUCCAGGCUGAAGCGAUUCCUGGGGCAAUCCAGUUUUCUUCAGGAGCUGGAAGAGGAGGGAAAUUCCCCUAGGAUUUCACAUGUAGGAGGAACUGAUGAACUGUGACUUCAGGUGAUCUCAGUCUGUUGUUGCCACAAUCUUGUGUUGCAGUCAAUUGAAUAAUUGCUGCUUUACAACAUGCAAAAAUCGAGAAUAUAAAACACAAUGAUGAAGUUUUGUAUCAGUGCGGAAUGCUUUGUAUGGGAAAUGAAAUCUUCAUUUAUUACAUUAUUUUCUGUAUUAAAAUAAUAAUUAAAAAAUA